AUACGCCUGUUAGCAUGGCCGACACGGAGAGCACUGGGACUAAGCGCAAGCUCAAGGAGAACGCCUUCACAGCCAAGGCCGAGAGCGGGACCCUCAAGGUGAAGAUACUACGACGCGACCAGCGGGGCAAUCUUUCCUCCUCUGCAUCCCCCACUGCGUCCACCAAGACAAGAAAUCGUCGCACCGCAAAAGCUCAACCACCGCCUGACUCACCUCCAAAGCCUCGUCCUAACCGGAAGCAUGUGCCCAUCUUCUACGAGCCGCAGUUCCGUCAACCCAUCAAGAGAGGAGGUAGCCAUCAUAGUAGCUCCACGGACGAGCACUCGACAUCGUCCACCAAUGUCCCUGGAAUCCACUCAGCGUCCACCGAGACGUCUGGAGUAGCGUCCACAUCGUCCACAAGCUCAAGUUUUGUGUCUCAUCUGUCAGAUGUGAAGCUUGAGGACCCACCUAGAGCAAACCCGCUGUUUGCUCGCAAUGAUAGCGAUGGACUGGGCACAUUGGGGGAGCUACUACGACCUUAUAUGCCUUCAGGCAUGCAAUCGAGCUUCCCCCAGUCAUCAUCGGCGGGACUUCUGAUGGACAGGAACGCAGGGCUCUCGUCAGCGUUGCACCAACUUGCAUCGUCUUCUGCUUCAUACCGCUCAGCAUUGGAAGAUCUCUCGGCUGCAAAUGGGAAAGCUACUGAUACAACAUCUUCGGCUCCUGCGUCUGCAGUCUCGGAUUCGACAAGUAAUGCAGGGUUGGAGAGCUACAGAUUCGAUCCAUUGGCUGCACUACAAACUGCUAUUGAUCAUGCGCAGCGUAGGGAAAGUAAAAGUGACACACCGCGUGAAGUCGGCAGUCCUACUAGCAACGCUCGAUUCUAUCGACUGGAGCCGUCGGGAUCAUCACAGAGCAACGAAAGCACGUCGACAAGUCUGGGGCCUCCACCAGAACUCCCUCCAUCGUUUGCUCUGCAGAAUUCACUAGUAGGAGGCGGAAUCCAUCGCUUCUCUCUUUCAAAAUCAAUGGAUGGCGCCAAGGACGCCACAAGUUCUUCUCCAAACAAUGACAGUGGUGCCAAGGAUGCCAUUGCUGCUCUUGGACCCCCACCAGACGCUCCACCGUCAUUCCUACUCUCCAAUUCACUGACAGGAGGGAGUAUUUCGAUUUUGAAUCUACCCAGGACGAAUCCCAGUCUGGAUAGACUGGGGUCAUUGACGAGGUUGAUCAGCCAAGCAAAUGAGACCGCCAAGGACCUGAACACGACGUUGUCGUCUCCACCAAAGGCAAAUCCUGGUCUGGAUAGACUAAUGUCGUUGUCGAGUGUUGUGAGUGAGGACGGUGAGACUGCCACGAAGAUGAAGCUGACGUCGACUCCAGACACUAGUUCAGCCUCUUCGAGCACCACUCACGAGACUGAGGAUAGCAACAGUGAAGUCAUUGACUUGGGGCCACCACCUACCGGUCCACCUGCGUUUACAAUCGGAAACUCACUAAUGGGAGGAGGAAUCGAGCUACAACCCGCGGCUACGAAUGUGAAUACUCACAAUUUUGACUGGAAGUUGCACAGAAGUGCGUCAAAUAGCGGCGGAGAUGCGACAUCGGCUACUAGGGACAUUAGUCACGGAUUGCGAGCUCAGCUCGAGCGAACUUUGGCAGCGUCGCAGAAUGGAAAGGACAAGUCAUAAGGUUGUGAAAAGUCUUGGGUAUCGUACAAAUACAUGAAGUACAAUUGAAGUAAAUUAUUUCCAAAGUACAACGCCAAAUACACAGCCGAAGGUGCAACUGGAGAAGCAGCAUUCGUUGAAAUCCGUUGCCUGGUGACGGCAACACGCGCUAAUCUCUUGGAUUCAUCCAAAUACAUGCCAUCACUCUCUCAAGCCCUGAAAUUCUUCUCCGUGCAAAUUGGGUUUGAGCUGGCAAAUCGCGGAGCGGUCGCAGUGUACCUCCAUCGUUAAUUUCAUGUGUGCAGCUGAAGUUGUUUGUCGUGACUUGCGGUACUAGGACUGAACCAAAAUUGUACAUAUAUGUGGAUAUCACACGAUUUUUUGAUCCCAACUU